AUGGUAGAGCAACCAACAACACCUAUACGGAUGGAAGGAAAUAAGAGGAGAAAUACGACAACGCCUCCACCGUUGACGAAACAACAAUCUUUUACUAAAAGUAGAAUGUCAUUAGUUCCACCAAGUAAUAUCGGAAAUCGUACUGUUUCUAAUCCUAGUUCGCGUUUGAGCUCAUUUCAUAAGGAUAGUAUGAUGGAAUUGAAUCAGUUGCAGGAAGAAUUAUUCCAAAAGAAAGCAAAAUUAGAUUAUUUAAGAGAUGAGUUAAAUGAAAACCAAGGGAAAUACCAAGACUUGCAAAUGGAAUGGGAAAAACUAUAUAAAGAAAAGAACUUAAAACAACAACAAUUGCAAUUGAAAGAAAACGAGCUUGUUAAAUUAAAUGAAAAACUGAUUAAUAAACAAAAAUUUCUGAAUGAAGGACAUGAGCUGCAUUUACAACAACUGAAAGCUAAGAACACUGCUGAAAGAAAUAAAAUAUCUAACGACUAUAGGGUAAAGAUUGAAAAAUUAAAACAAGUAAAAAUUAAAAGAUUUGAGGAUCAAAGAAACGAAUUGCUAAAUAAAGUGGAAGAUUUUAAAAAUAAGAUAUUGACCAAUGAUGAAGCUUUACAAAAUAUGUUGGAUGAAGUCGAAGAAAGUAACAGAAAGAUAAAAGAGGAGUGGCUUCAGAAAUACCAUUCUGAAUGGAAGGAAAAUUUGGAACUUAAUGAAAAAAUCUCCAAGGAUAUUGAAACGUUAAAAAACCGAAUAUCAAUUAAGUUAGAACCCGAGGCAAACACCAAGAAAAUAAAAGUUGAACAAUUAAAAAAUAAUCUCCAAGCUUUGAAGUCCAUGUUGGAAACGAAACAGAGGGAAACUUCAACUUUAGAAGAACAAAUUGAGCAAAAGAAAUUGAAAACAACAGAAGUUGUGCAGAAGAGGCAGGAGCUAGAAGAAUAUAUUAAGAACACCGAACUAGAUUUAAGAGAAAUAAAUGAAAUUUUAAUUAAAGAAGAAACUAUGAGACGUAGUUUACAUAAUGAAUUACAGGAACUAAGAGGCAAAAUAAGAGUAUAUUGCAGAAUCCGUCCACCAUUGCCGAAUAUAGAAAGUAAAGAUACAGCACAUAUAAAAGUAGAAGAUUUUGAUGAUGAUAAUGGUAUUCAAUCAAUGGAAGUCAUGAAGGGCAUAGAAGUGAAUAAUAAUAAUGCAACACAAAUUCCUCAGAGAUUCAAAUUUGACAAGAUCUUCAAUCAAACUGACACCAAUGCUGACGUAUUCAAAGAAGUUGGGCAAUUGGUUCAAAGUUCUUUAGACGGUUAUAAUGUCUGCAUAUUUGCAUAUGGUCAGACAGGCUCAGGGAAAACGUAUACCAUGCUUCGACCUAAAGAUGGUAUAAUUCCCUCUACAAUAAAGCAUAUUUUCAAUUGGACAAAGAACUUGAAAGAAAGAGGGUGGCACUAUGAAAUUGACUGUCAGUUUGUUGAAAUUUACAAUGAAAACAUUAUAGAUUUAUUGAGAAGUUCAUCAAAUGACGAUACAAGGAAUAUUGAUUCCAAUAUUCCAACUAAGCAUGAAAUCAGGCACGAUCAAGAAAAUAGGAACACUACAAUUACCAAUAUAGUGACACGUAAUCUUGAUUCAGAAGAAACAGCUGAUAAUAUAUUAAAACGAGCAAACAAAUUGAGAUCAACUGCCAGCACUGGAUCCAAUGAGCACUCUUCCAGAUCCCAUAGUAUAUUUAUUAUUCACCUACGAGGUUCUAAUAGCUUAACAGGCGAGGAGUCGUAUGGUAUUUUAAACUUGGUUGAUUUGGCAGGUUCCGAAAGAAUAAAUUCCUCUCAAGUAACAGGAGAUCGGUUAAGAGAAACUCAAAAUAUAAACCGAUCUUUGAGUUGUCUUGGAGAUGUUAUUCAUGCCCUCGGUGGGCCUGACCAAGGGAAAAGGCAUAUUCCAUUUAGAAACUCUAAACUUACUUACCUUUUGCAGUAUUCCUUAACGGGGAAUUCAAAGACACUGAUGUUUGUUAAUAUAUCACCUAGCGCCAAUCAUAUCAAUGAAACAAUAAAUUCAUUAAGAUUUGCUUCUAAAGUUAAUUCCACAAAAAUGUCGCAUUAA